AAGACAAAGACCUCAUAUACAACUGGAUUUAUUUUACUCAUUACUCAUCUUCUCCUUGAUAUCUCAUAAUUUGAUGAGUUUUAGACCUUUAUUUUAAUUCAUUUAGAUCAUUUAACUUGCAUAUUUGCAUUAAGGUGCUCAUUUGCAUAUACAUGAGUGCAAAUGAACGUUAGAAAGUUUGGGACGAAACAAAAAAGUCAAUUUUGAAAAUCUAAAAGUUAAAAUGAAAAUAACAAAAAGUUUAAGGAUCAAGCGAACAAAAAGGUGAAAUUGUCAUUGUUGUUCUCAAGCUUUCACUUUCUGACAGAGAGGACGAGGCACAACCACUCAAGACGGCCAUGGAGGUGAUCUGAUUUUGGCCGAGUGAUGCGCCACGGAGGUGAUUCUUCGACGAGGAAUGAGGCAGCAACAAGGAGCUCGCCGUAGUUGCUCGAUGUAGGAGGGCAACACAACUCGACUGUGAAAAAGUUCACCAUGAAUCUCUGCAAACAACAUGUGCCACAGAUCUCGAAUUCGCCACCAGAUGCUAAUUGAUUAUAAGAAUCUUGUACUUUAACUUGAUUUAUAAAGAAAUCCACUUCAACAAAAAAAAAUUAAAAUCAAUCGUUUAAAAAAAUAGAACAUGAUACAGAAAGAUGAGAAGAUGAGAACAUAAAAGAAUAGUGGGUCCUACUAAUUUAUACUAUAGUUAUGUUUUAGUUAAAAAGAAUGGAAUAUGUUAAAGAAAAUGUCAUAGAAACACAAAGUGACCUAUAAUGUGACCCAUAAUAUAAAACAUUCUAUAUAUGGCCACAUAGUCAAAGGGGUGGAGUUUAUUUAUGUUCAUUAUCCCUAUAAUCCUUAUAAAAAUAAAUAAGAAGAAUGAAUCGAGACGCCGUCUGGGGUUCAGUUUCUCCAAAGUUCGCCCUAGUUCUCCAAAAUUCGCCCUAGUUCUCUCACAGACACGAUAAUUGAGGCGCCGUCAGGGGUUCAGUUUUCCGACGCCGGUGGAGCAGAAGCUCGUCGGCGUCGCCUCCGUUAUCUCUGUUUAUCUUUCUACUCUCUCUUUUCACCUCUUUCUGUGUUUUUUGUUUUUUCUUUUGAUCUCUCACCGAGAGAUUUUUUUUCAACCUCCAUGGUUACCGGUAGUUCUACGUCUCUGCAUACACGACAGCUCUGGGACGGGCUCAGCAGCCGCAAUCCUCCCCUUCCGAAGCUAACGCCACCACCAGACCUCACAAAUCCAACCUCUCAAAUCCUCCGACUUGUGCUCACGGGAUCUGAAUCUAGUUUGGAAUCUAUAGACCUCUCUCUAAGAUGGCCUAUGUACUUCACCGAGCUCUCUGACCAUUCCGGUGAGAUCCGUGCUUCUCCAUCUGCACCUCGUACCGUCGACCUUUACUCCGGCGAGGAUCCCAGCCCACAACACGUCAUUGUCAUGUCACCUCUGCGUUGUACUCUACCUUCACAAGAUCCGGUGGUGGAACCAUCACUCCUCCUCUCACCGCUUCCGUUCUCACGUCGCCACACUCAUCCAGCCGCCAUGAACGCUCGUCGACUAGAAAGGUAUGAUAGCAGUUUUGUGAUGGGCCUCCAAUUUCUUGUCUUGGGCUUGAUAAGCCCAUUAAAGGGUUACCUCCUUACUCGACCGAUCUCAUCUGCUCCUCUUCACCGGAACUUCAUCGCUUCUCACCUUGAAGAUGUCAUCAACAUGGUUUGUAGUCAACCUCAGCCCAAGUGUAUUGGUGUUUGUGGCCAGCAUCCUACCUUAGCCCAACACAUUACAAAGAGCUUAAAAAUGUUCGGACUUUGCUGUAAUGGUAUACAAGUUGCCUCUCCCCCGUGUCUUAUCGACUCUUUACCGGUUUGGAGUCAAGAUCCGAGACCUCUCCUCCCCGCAGAGACACUACAGGGCUCCGACCAUCUUGUGGAUUUUGGAUCUAUUGUGCAAGAGUGUGGACUCGCCAGAUUUACUUGCUAUUAUGUCACCGUUGCGUCUCCAUCACACUACGCCGUCUCAAGCAUCGACGGUUCUUCACAUAAUCGAUCCUACAGUUUUCCCACCCAUAUUUUUGUCGCCAAAACUAUUGUGCAAGAGUGUGGACACGCCAAAUCUUCUCGCUACUAUGCCACCGUUGUGUCUCCAUCACACUACGCCGUCUCAAGCAUCGACGGUUCUUCACAAAGUUGGCUAUACGGUUCUCCCACCCCUUUCUUCGUCGCAAGAACUAUUGUGCAAGAGUGUGGACUCGUCAGAUCUUCUCGCUACUACACUACUGCUGCGUAUCCAUCACAUUACGCCGUCUCAAUCAUCGACGGUUCUUCACAGGUUCGACUCUGCGACCAUCUCACCGGAGCUGCUAUUUUCUACAGAGUUUCAUGGACUACUUGCUAUCAAAACCCAUUGGUUGGGUUCUUCAUCGUCGUUUUCGACUUCUUUGCGUUAUUUCGAACGCGGGCUUUAGGAUUACAAGUGAAGCUUCUCUACGGGUCUCUUCUCUCCUUAGCCACACCUAUCUCUCUUUAUGUUUUAGUUAUUUUCAUUUAUCAGUUUAUCGUCGAAGAUCUCUCCAGUUGUAUUCGACUUAGUCCAUUGGGCCUUUAAUCUUAAUAUAAGUAUUUGUUGUUCAAAAAAAAAAACAGAAUGAAUAAAGGGAAGGUUUUAUUAA